CCGAAUUGAUAUCAAGAAGGUUUUCACGUGGAAUAUAACUUUGGGAUGCGCCCGCUAGAACAGUGACAGGGAAACUUAUCGCAUCAACUUGCCGUGACAAUGGAAACCAUACUGCGCGCCCCCACGCCACUACUUGCCGUGGCCGCGCUGCUGUGCGCUUGGCUGUUCCCACACAUUCGGCGCCGGCGCUCGCUCGCCAAACUACCGCUGUACGGCGCCGAGCUCGGCGGCUACACGCAGCGCGAGGCUGCUUUCCGCAAGCGCGGUAUCGAGAUUUAUUGCGACAGCUACCGAAAGUUCAAGGACACCGUGUAUCGCUUGACGACGUCCGAUGGAGAAAAGAUAAUGAUUCCGCGGGCGUUUUUGCCGGAGCUCCGGAACCUGCCAGACCAUGAGAUUGACAACAUUCGGCCACUGGAGCGGAGCCUCGAGUCUCGCUACACCGGCAUCAUGCGCAGGAAACAUUCCCAUUUCCUGCCGCAGGUGAUACGCGCCGACCUGACGCGAAACCUAGCCCGUAUCAACCCUGCCCUAUGCCUCGAGGCCGAGCGUACCAUCGCCGAGGUGUUCCCUCCGACGGACGGCUGGACAUGCUACAGGAUUGAGUCCAAGCUCGCCGAGGUGGUCGCCACCGUGUCAGGCCAUGUUUUCAUGGGCCCCGAGCGCUGCCGCGACCCCGAGUACCUGUAUCCGGCCGUCCACUACACCAAGCAUGUCAUGACGGCUGUGCGCGCCCUCAAGAUGUGGCCCAGCUGGCUGCGACCCCUGGCUAGCCUGUUCAUGCCCGAGCUACGGCGCGCCGAGGCCCACCGCGCCCGCUUCAAGCGCUUCCUGGCCCCGAUCGUCCACGAUAGGCGACAGCGCAUGGCACGGGGCGAGACUGGACCUGACGACAUGCUGCAUUGGAUACUAGCCAGGCCCGAGAGCCAGGGCAUGUCGGACGACGACAUGGCCUUGAUCCAGCUGGGACUGAGCAUGGCGGCCAUCCACACCACCACCAGGGCCGUGACGCACGUAUUGUUCGACCUCGUCGCCCAUCCCGACGUCAUCCCCGCCCUGAGGAACGAGAUCCGGGCGGCCAGCGAAAACGGCGUCAUGACCACCAAGGCCCUGUUCCAGAUGAAGCUGCUCGACAGUGUGCUGAAGGAGUCGCAGCGCGCAAACCCGACCGGCUUUGGGCGUUUCUCGCGGCGAGUCUUGAAGCCGCUUGUGCUGUCGGACGGCACGGAAAUCCCGGCCGGCACCACCAUCGAGGUCGCCCACGGCUCCAUGGCCAUGGACCCGGCCAUCUUUCCGAACCCCGAGAAAUUUGACGCAUACCGCUUUUACCGACUCCGCGCAGCCAAGUCCGCGGAGCAGCACCAGUUCGUCUCCGUCACCAGCACGGGCAUGGGCUUCGGCUAUGGCCGCCACGCGUGCCCGGGGCGCUUCUUUGCCGCCAACGAGAUUAAGCUCAUCCUGGCGCGGCUGCUUCUUGACUACGACAUUUCAAUGCCCGAGGGGCUGCCGGGGCGCCACGAGAACAUGAUCAUUGGGGCGCUUCAGCUCCCAAAACCUGAUGCGGAGCUGAGAUUCAGGAGGACGAGGGAUGUGUGCUAGAAUGUGCUAUUGCUUUUCCCACCCAUUCGCCUUGUCCUUGGCGUCCUGUUUGUCCUUCUUGUCCUUCAAUUUCUUGGCGGCCGCCGCCUUGUCCGCCUCUUUACCCUCUCUUAUCAGCCGCUCGGCUUCGCGUUCCACCCUCCGGUCAGGGAAACUGUCCUCCCCGUACGUGCGUCCAUAGUAGAAAAAAUCCCCAUAGUCCGC